AUGGCUCUGCAGCAUUCAGCUGAUCAUCGGUCAGAUCCCUCUGUCCAUGAAACCAUGGCUCUACAAGAUCUGACAGAUCCUCCAGAAGAUCAUCUGUCUUGUUCGUCUGAUCCUGGUCAAGAACCGCCUGGUUUUGUGCCAACGUGUCUGCAGGAUUCGGCUGAUCAUCAGUCGGAUCCAUCUGACUUCGAAACCAUGGCUCCACAAGAUCCGACUGAUCCUCCAGAAGACCAUUUGUCUGGUUCGUCUGAUCCUGGUCAAGAACUGCCUGGUUUUGUGCAAACAUGUUUGCAGAAUUCAGCUGAUCAUCAAUCGGAUCCAUCUGUCCUUGAAACCAUGGCUCUACAAGAUCUGACUGAUCCUCCAGAAGAUCAUCUGUCUGGUUUGUCUGUUCCUGGUCAAGAACCCCCUGGUUUUGAACCAACAUGUGUGCAGAAUUCAGCUGAUCAUCAGUCGGAUCCAUCUGUCCAUGAAACCAUGGCUCUACAAGAUCUGACUGAUCCUCCAGAAGAUCUUUUGUCUGGCUUGUCGGAUCCUGGUCAAGAACCGCCUGGUUUUGUACCAACGUGUCUGCAGGAUUCAGCUGAUCUUCUUCCAGGCCCGUCAGCUCUUGAGCCAGUACCCCCAAAAUUUCCAGCUGCUUGCAAGCAUAGACGAAUCAAGGAUCAAACCCGAGCAGCCUGUUUCAGCCGUCCAACUCCAGUACCAUUUGAUGAGAUUUAUGAAGUGGGAGAUGAGCUUGGACAAGGAGGCUUUGGCACUGUGUACGAGGGGACUUCAAAAAAUCAACGCAAGAAGGUUGCCAUCAAAAUCAUCCUCAAGUGUGAAAGAGACCGUUAUAUUGAACUACCUGGCUGUUCAAAGCCACUGUUUGCAGAAGUGGCUGCAAACCUGCUGCUGACACAGGCUCCAUUAAGCCCCUACAUUGUGUACAUGCUGGAAUGGUUUGAAGAGGAGGAUCGGUUCAUCCUCAUCCUGGAACAUCCGGAACCCUGCAAGGACUUGCUCAAAUUUGUGGUUAACAACAUGCAUUGGGCGAACGAAUUACAGACACGUAGCCUGAUGUAUCAAGCGGUGCUCGGGGCCAAGCACUGUCUUGACCGAGGUGUCUUUCACCGGGACAUUAAGUUGAAUAACUUUCUGAUCAACACGACGACUAACCGAGUCCAACUAAUAGACUUUGGCUGCAGUGACCUCGUCAAAAGUACAGGCUACUUGGGUGAUUUUAUAGGAGGAGUCUGCCCGCCUGAAUACUACAACGACUUAAGAUACAAGGCAGAGCCAACAACCGUCUGGUCUCUGGGUGUAAUGAUGUACGCAAUGAUGUGCAAAUGUCGACCCUUUAGCAGUCCUGAAGACAUGAUGCAUGGCAGUCUGAGUUUUAACGUUAGAGUAUCCACAGAAUUGCAGAAUUUGAUAAGUCGCUGCCUGACUGUUGACCCAACUAAGAGAGCGACUAUUGAGGAGAUCCUACAGCAUAAAUGGUUU